AGAGAGAGAGAGAGAGAGAGAGAGAGAGAGAAUCUGCGAGAGAGAUGCCUCUGACCUACCUCACCUAAACGCACUUGAAAGAAUUUAUAGAUACCAAACAACUUUGGUGAUAUCCAUCUGUUUUUUUUAAUUGAAAUUGCUGGUUUUAAGCUUCGAAUUCUAGAAAGUAGUUCUCUUUCUGGGCUUUCCUAAUUUUGUUACUUUUCAAAAUAUGGCUGGCAAUUGAGGUAAACCUCAAAAGGUUUGAAUUUUUCAAAGCAGACAUUGGACAAGAAGUAGAUGGAGGAGUACAUCGUGAAAUGGGUCAUUUUGGGAGUUCUUUGCUGGACCACAACUUUCAUGUUUGUUAGAAGCAUACUCCCGAAGCGCUCUUUUGAUUUUUGCAACCGUACCGUGUCUACGAUCCAUGCAUCAUUGGCUGUUUAUUUAGCUUCUCUUUCUGUAGAAGAUUGGAAGUGUCCUGUUUGUCCUUUGGGUUCCAAAUCUUCUCCUCAGCAGAUGGAGACUUUGGCAGUGACCGUUGCAUAUCUCAUUUAUGAUUUGAUAUGUUGCUUCUUUGAUAACCAUGUUAGUCUAGAUAAUUCAAUUCAUCAUCUGGUCAGCAUUGUCGGUAUUGGUGCGGGCCUUGCAUAUGAAAUGUGUGGGUCAGAGAUGGUUGCGGCGUUGUGGAUAACAGAGAUCUCUAGCCCUUUCCUUCACAUGAGGGAGCUUCUAAAAGAACUUGGUUAUAGGGACACUGACCUUAAUUUGGCAGCUGAUAUUGCAUUUGCAGUCAUAUUCACACUGGCAAGGAUGGUUGGCGGACCGUAUCUCACAUAUGUGACUUUGACAGCCGAUAACCCACUGCUUAUAAAGGCAAUGGCACUGGGAUUGCAGUUGGUGAGCACGUUUUGGUUCUAUAAGAUUGCUAGAAUGGUGAGAUACAAACUGGUUAAGAGGAGGGCACCAAAGAAAGUGACCUAAGCUUACCACUAAAGUAUGUUAAACUUGUUAUGUUGUCUAUUAGCCUAUUCAUUGUAUAGAUUGCAAUAAAAGUUGGACAUGAAAUUUAGAUGGUUAUUGCAACUGGGUUAUGCUAUUCUCCA